UUCACCGAUGUAAACUCCACAGAAUAAAACAACGUUAGCCUUGUUCUGCACUGAGCAAGCGACGGUGUUUCAGUCCUUCUUAGUAUUGUCGAGCGGCUCUUUUCAGCAGGGGCGUUAUUCACGUCCCAAGAACUCCGCAGUGGUAUUCUCCUCGGUUUACUGAUUGUACAUGAACAUAACAACUACCCGCUAUGACUUGAAGAGGUCGUGUACAGCAUCCAGUUCACAGAAACCUCACUUAAGAUAGUGACGCACUCAUCGAAGCAGAACUGUUAGAGGCCGGGUGGUUAGGAUCCUGCGAUCUUCCGGUUAGAGAUUCCGCAUUCGCGAACCAUCCGAAGCAACUGAUGUUCGAGAGCGCUGUGCGUCAGUUUUGAUGAACUAAAGACGGGAUGAAAUGAAAAUGAGACCAAAUACUACGAGAGAGUACGGCUUGGAUGCAACUGCCAUCGUUGGUUGUGGAAUCUCGCUGUUUUUUUGCCUGGUUUCUACUAUCGCUUUUAUAUUUUUCAGGCCUCGGACAGAGUCGUUUCUCAUCAAACAACAUUUGAUCUUGGCUGUGGGACUGACUCAAGUUGUUCUGUUGCUUAGCAUAGCUGCUUACAAAAAGGAGGAAGGAUGUCAAGCGAUGUCAGUCAUUCUUCAUUAUUCCGUUUCAUCUUGUUUUUCCUGGUGUCUAGUGGAUAGUUUAUUCUUGUACUUUACUCACACCAACAGCUCUCAUCCUCUAAGAAAGAAUAUUUAUUAUUUGCUACUUGGCUGGGGGUUUCCAGUAACUGUGAUAGCAAUAUCUCUUGCCAUUGGGUUUAAAUCAAAACAGUCAGAGCAAGUUUUGUCUAUUUAUUGUUGCUGGCCUUCCGAUCACAUAUUGUGGGCGCUAGUUAUUCCGUGUCUUCUUAUUGCGACGCUUAACUUAAUGAUGUUGUCCGUCGUUCUUCAUCACCUACGACAACCUUCUUAUGAUAUCUGCGCUAGAGCUGUUCUUGAAAAACGAUAUACAAGAUAUGGCAUCCGCACCAAUAGUAUAAUGUUACUUAGUUUGUGUCUUGGAUGGAUUUUUGGUAUUUUGUCUUUCCGAGAGGGCGAUGAUGUCCUUUUUCAACUCUCUUUUGGACUUAUUAAUGGGCUUCAGGGAAUAUUUUUGUUUUUCUUCCACUGCGUUUUAAACAUUGAUAUAAAAGGUUAUUACCAGUCUGGGGUUCACCGUUGUAGUCAUGAAGAUGGCUGUUUGACGGACAAGGAGCGCAGUAAACGAGGCAAUCCUCCCGCGCAUGUGCAAGACCCACAGUUACAGGGAUCUCGUAGAAAGAUCAGCAGCAAGAGCCCGGCGAUAGAACACGUUCCUUUGAUAUCAGUGAGGGCCCAGACAAGGUCACCUCAGGAAGAAGGUUCUUCGCGAUCCCAAUCCUCCGAACCAAAAAGUGAUCCUCGGCCACUAGAGGUUACAGUAGCAUCAAAGGUGGAAUCCGAACCAGAGGUGAAAAAGGAAACCUCCGAGAGGCCACAAAAACCUGACCACGAUGCUUAUCCAAGUCUACCAGGAACACCAGAGCCGCAUAUCACUGAAGUGAAUGUAAAACAGACGAAAAGACAGAGUCUACCACCCGAACUGACGCCGAGAAAAAGCAGCAAAAACGAGGUGGAAGGAAUAAGUAAAUCGGCGACAAUAGCUGGUCUAGCGAGCUACACGACACCAGUAGCGGACAGUGGAACCUUCCAACAUCCACAAACUGAACAUUUAAAGUGCUGCGUUCCUGUGUCAAUUAUUCAGGUUCAUACUAAGGUGGAGAAAUCCCACAGUGAGCCGAUGUUUCCUCCAGUUAAUGAUCCAGCGAAACCGAGCGAUAAGCCGCCCGCUGGUCAUGUGCACAGCAGUACAGACACUCGAAAGCUUAGUGUCCAAUCCUCUGCCUCGACUGGAGGAUCGGGAGAAAGAAAACCCCGACGAACAUCACGCGGAACGCAUCAAGGCGCUUCUUUAAACGAGCUGGAAAGCUUGUUUUCAAAUCCGGUUUACGUCAAACCUCAGAGACCAUCGGUGUCCAGUUUGCACGGACCACGUGACGGGGGAGAAAGAAAACAUUCACACGAGAUGGCUCAGAGGCCGGGGUCACGAACAUCCUCGAGAAACACAGAUGAAACAAUGCUUUAAAAGAAAGAUAAACGUUUCCAAGCAAUUAGAAGAGAUCUGCCGUCUAAAAAAUCCGGAGUCCGUCUUAUUUAAAUAAUAUGAAAUGUUCUUGUCGGAGCAAUUUCGACAUUCGCGAAGAAGAAAUAGAAAACUUGCGUUUUUUAAAAGGAUUUAAUAGGCCAAAAUAUUAGCUCCAUCCUUUGUGAAAUUUAGAGUGGACUUCGAAAAAAAACAAACAAACUAUCACCACGAGCCUAUGAAAACUCAAAGUAGACAUGUACAAACCAAACAUCGAAAGCCCAGGAAAAAGCACGUGGCAAAGGCGUGGUUGGUAUUUAUUUUUGCAUGUGAUUGGUUGAUAGGGCGGCGCGAACCUUCUCGAUCAUUUCCAGGGUGCAGCGAAAUAGAACCAAAGCAAUCCAAGAUAACAUUUAACAUACAAUUUAGGCAUCUGUAGGAGCUUUUGAAUACUUAGGUACUUGAACGCAGCCACUUUGAAUUAAGAGUGAUAACAAAAAUACCUAUAAUUUUACAAAAAAAAAACACCUGAAAUAA